AUAAUUAUAUUAUUAAUUAAAUAUUAUUAUUAUAUUAAUAGUAAAUAUUAUCUGUCCCAAUUCUCAGUGACUAAUCACUACAAAAGACUGUGGUUGUUAGUUGUUACUUGUUGUUCCUCUCGGCUCUUAUCGUCUUGUGUGUUACGCUAGAGAUAACGUUCACGGGACGUGCCGAAUAAAGAGCUUGUCCCGACGGAGAACUGUAAAAAAAUAACCAUUCCAUUCCUAAGAUUUUCAUGACGCGGACGAUCGACUUGAAAUCCAUCAACAGCACGUGCACAUCGUCAUAUCGCCAUAGGUAUUAAACUAUUAGCGUUUAAGUGUGGUGGAUACUAUAAUAAUAAUAUUGAGUCAUAAUAACAAUACCGUUAUCAAUAAUUCUAAUCUAAUAACUAUUUUGUGACCAAACCGAGGUUGGCAAGUAAGUCGAAGUAACUCGCUCUUGUUUGACUGUUUGAGUGUUUUGCUCUGGUCUCGACCAAUGUCGCUUGUCAUUGUCGAAACGACAACCUUGUCCUUGUUCAGUAUACACAGUGAAACGUAUUGGCGGUGUAAUCCGAAGGUAAGCCUAGAUUUUUCAAUGAAUGUCAAUGUUAACAACAAAAAUGUUUGCUUCAAAUAUAUUUUAAGUAUAUCCAAUGCUUUAUUUAAAUUUGAAACAUUUUAAACCCUGGAUUUAUAAAAUUGAGUUCUUGUUUAAUAGAUUUAAACAUCCUAAACAAAUAUUAAUGAAUAAGUUAAUUGACAUAAAAAAAUAUGAACAACAGGCUGUCUCUUUGGCUGUUAAAUUAAUUAAUGACGGUAGUGUUGUUGCACUUCCAACUGACACUGUCUAUGGUUUAGCAACUGAUGCUCAAAAUCCAAGCGCUAUAAGCAAACUAUACAAUAUUAAAGGGCGUAAUCUUCAAAAACCAAUUGCUAUAUGUACUCAUCAUGUAAAUGAUAUUGGAAAUUGGGGAGAAAUUGGUCACUUGCCUUUUGGUCUUUUAGAUUCACUAUUGCCUGGGCCUGUAACAGUCAUACUACAAAGAACACCAUCCCUAAAUUUUGCAUUAAAUCCUGAGGAAUCAAAUAUUGCUAUACGAGUACCUAACAGUGGAUUUAUUUGUAAUAUUGUGAGUGAUCUGAAGAAUCCAAUUGCUCUUACUAGUGCUAAUGAGAGUAACAAACCCAGUACAUUAAAACCAAUAGAAUUUUUAAGUUUGUGGCCUCAAUUAGAUGCCAUUUUUGAUGGUGGUACUAUUGGCUCUUCAUUAGAAUCACGCCAAGGUUCCACAAUAAUUGACUUAACAAUCGAUAAUCGCUUUAGAGUAAUAAGAACAGGAUCUGCUCUUUUAAAUACAAUACAGAAAUUACACCAAUUUGGUUUAAAGGAAUUAUAA